UCCCUUUAUAGCCCCGAAAAAUCAGGCCCGGCCGGCCCGGUCCUGCUCUCCCACCCUCUCUCUCUUCAGUCACUUCUCAUCGUCACUCACUCACCUCACUAGUCACUCCUGACUGCUCUGUUCAACGCGCGCGCUCUCUCUCUCUCUCUCUCUCUACAUGUCUCACUCUCCUGUACGCGUCGCCGAUGUAUGUCCCAUUUGCUCCGUCUCCCCUUUCUCUGAUUCUGUGAUCAUAACCUAGGGUUCCUCCAUUAUCAGAUUCGUUUUCUCUAUAUCUGUGCGAUUAAAUGUUUCCACCGCUUUUGAUCGAGAAAGGUUAGCAGGGGUUAGCCGUUUGAGACAUGGAUAAUCCUAAUUGGCAGGCGAAAUGUAGUCCGACGUGGCAGUCUCUGAUGCAGCAGCCGUCGAUGGAUUCGGCGUCGCCUCAACUUCAGCCUCAUGAGCCUCGUAAUAAUCAGGUGCGGAAUACAGGUAUGCUUUUUUAUCCACAUGUAUCGCAAGAAUCAAGCCCUUCAGCCCACACAAUAAUACGUGAAUCCAUGGUUCCCAAGUCAUCAAAUAUACGUCCCCAUAACUCAAACCAUGCCGAUCUGGGAAAUUCAUUUUUGUCACUUCUUUCUGGGCCACCAUCGUUGUUGCAACGUGAUUUACAGCAAUUUUCAAGUCCAGGGGCAGUCGUUAAAGUUCCUGUUAGUAGUAAUAUUUUCACAGUCAGUGCUGCUGGAAGUGGAGUUUCCCUUGCUUGUAACGGGAUUUUUUCACAACCCCCUAGCAUUGAAAAUCCAAGAAGUGGAGCAGAUCAGUUCCCAGUUGUUGCAUCCAGGUAUGGCAACAGCUUUAGUUUGCUGGAUGUUCUUCAGGGUGGAAACGUUAAUCAUCAGAGUUCAGAGCCUGUGAAGGCAGCCGUCUGUCUCUCUGAUGCCAGAAAUGAGAAAGUAUGGGAUUUUUCUUCUCUGAGUCGACACUCUGCCAAUACUGGGAAGCCACAUAGCAAAACUACUCAGGCAGCACAAAAAGCUCCAUUAGAGAUUAACUGUUCUACUUCUCCUUGUUCGUAUACUCUCCCCCCUGGCUGCCCUCGAGUGUUUUGUUUGGGUGCAAGUGGGGAUUUGCUGCGCAGUGAUACUGGACUACUUGGUGUUGUUUGCUCAUGCCAUGGAUUACGUAUGUCUAUCUCUAAAUUCUGUCAGCAUUCAGGUGUGUGUGAUGUUAACCCUGGGGCUGCUGUUCAUAUGGACAGCGGUGAGACCAUAGCUCAGUGGCGAAAGCUUUACUUCCAUAAAUUUGGGAUUAGGGUUCCAGAAGAUCACAAUGGAUGGGAUUGGCCUGAAGGAUUCUCAACCACUGCUGGUACAGUGAAACACAGUGUGACGGCAUCCAACAUGCCCAAAAUGUCUGACCUGUCUAAUGUGGCUGGUUCCCGUGGAGGUUUAGUAGAACAUAGACAGCCUCAACACAAUGGUGCACUUUUUAAGAACCAUAAUACUGGUCAGAAAUCGGUUAAUGAGGUUUCAUAUGUUGGAAAACAAAGGAAUGCUCAAGAUGGUUACAAUGUUCUUCACAAGGGCUUAAUUGGUGCUUCACAGAGCAAUUUCCCUUCUGUAGUAAAUAACCAGAUUAUGGGCUUCCAUUCAUCUGGAUGUUCAACAGUGUCUGAGUUUAUUGGCACAAGGGGCCCAUAUGAUGGUUGUCAUUCCGUUUCUGCUUGCGCUGAUUCAAACUCAAAGAGUGGACAACCAUUCAUUUCCUACAAAAAGUUACAGAACUCAAAAUCCCACGGUAAUGAUUCUGACAUCAGCAAACUUUACAAUUUGAAGAAGGGGAAUACUGUGGACAUAGAUGCAGUUUCCUCAGGCAUUGAGCUGAAACUUGGGCAACCAUCUCCCCAGAGCCAGACUUUGGGAACUUCUGUUUUGCCAGCCUUUACUUCUCAUCCAUUUGACAGGCAUGGUGAUCCCCGGAAAUCUCUUUUGCCAGAGCAGCUGAUUCAUAACAGUAAUUCCAGGGGAAUGCAGGAACACUGUCAAUAUCUUCAGCAUGCUGCUGGCUCAUCUAAUACCUGUGGGAGAAGAGGACAAAGCCGCUUGAACCUCGUGAGCCAAUCAUCUGGAAUCAACAAUGCUAGAGAUGCUAUUGGCACAGGGGAAUUGAAUGGUGAUGCAGAUAGAUGUUCGAUGUUACUUACACAAUGUAAAACGUCUACCGAGGGAAGGAUAUAUUCUAAAGCUUCUGGUGGUACGAUGGAUAACUGUCAUGUUAUUCCUGGGGCAUUGCAUUGUGAAUCUCAUAUUGCCAAACGCGACUCAACAAGUUCUUCAUGGACGAGAGGCUUUGCAUCAGGUCAACUAACCGUCAAUAAAUUGGGUCUUCAGGGCCACGGUGGCAAGGCUAAAGAGGCAGCUUUUGCUGCUGAUAGCCUGCGCGUUGCAACUGAACCAAACUUUGAGUUUCGCACAAAGCAUAGGGAAAGUUCAACUACUUGUGAUGGAGCUGGUUGUCAUAGUUGUUUAGUGGUACAUGACAAGAGUUCUCAUCUGUACAAGUUCUCUGGACGGCCACAUGGUGCUUUAGAUCCCAGAAAUCCUUUGAACCAAUCAGGAAAAACUCAUUGCCUUGGGUUUCAUGGACAUUUGGAUCACGUUUUCCAACAAUCCACAAGUUCACCUGUGGAUUCUGGAUUAAUGUUGCCUUUCCCAGCUAUCUCGCUAGGAUUUUCGUCAUCAACUUCAACCUCUGUAUCAAAUACUGCUCCUGCACUGACAAUCAAAGAGGGCAAUGGUGUAUACCCCUAUACACUGGACGAGAAUUCGAGAAUGCUUGCAUUUCGGCAUAUUUUUGAGUUAUCUAAUCAAGUACAUGACAAUGCUUCUCUUGGAACAGAGCAGUGUCAAGGGGUACCCAACAGCACUUGCAGGGAUAAUAUACACUGUUCUAUUGUCGAUCCAUCUUCAUCUAAAGAAGACCGGUGUGGUCUUGGGGCAACCAGCAAACAAGUUGCUCCUGAAGUUGCCUUUCGAGCACUCCAAUCUGGUUUUACUUGUUGGAUGGAUGGUGAUGCUGAAAAUCUAGUCCCUACAUCAGGUCUGAGUAAGUGCAGUUUCUCUACUUUCUUGGCAGGGACAUUAUUGGAUGGAAAAGCUAUUGAAAUGCAGUGCCAGCUGUCUUGCGAUAUGCAUCGAAAUGAGCAUCCUGUGGGAAGAUCUGGAAGAAUAGAAAAUGACAUCAAUCCUUCAGAUAAAUGUGGGAAAUGUUUUCAAAGAGUUCCAGUUGCAUAUGUCCCAGGAAAGUGUGUUUGUACUGCCCACACAAGUUCUUUAGGUGGAAAUUGUGAUUCCAAAGAUGAGAACUUCUUCAGUGCCCUUAAAGAAUGGAGUGGAAGUAUCAACGGCAUGGCCUCUAUACUCCUUGAUCGGAAAUUGGAAAGAAACUCUACUUUCUCGAAGGAGAAAGCUGUUUCCAUUGAUAAAAGUGGCAACACAGAUGGCCAGGUCAAGAAGAAAGUUGAAUGUCAUGCUUUUCAGUGGAGAGAUGUUCCAAACAAGGCAACAAAGAUGCACAACUUGACAUGCAAUCACAGGUCAGCUAAUUUAUUAGACAGGAGGGAAAAUGUUGGGGACCAAGUUGCUGAAGCUGCUGCUACUGCUAAGCGCUUUGACACCUCUGCUCAAGAUGCUGCUUCCCUGAAAGAGCGAGAAAAGUCUAAUAUUUCUUCAGGAUGUUCUGCUGCUGCUGUCACUCAGGCAUCAGUCAAGUUUGAUAGCUUGGAUUCUUCUACUGUUGGUGGAGACGAAUAUACAAAAAAUCUUGUAGUGGACGAAGGAUCAGGCAUUGAUAAAUGCUGGUCAUCCGAUGAUCCACCUGACAGUGGAAGAAGUUCUGAAAUCUUUGGAUUUACCCGUAAUAUCAGCUCAGCCUGUGAAGGAUCCUCCAAACUGUUACCUGAUCAAUCUUCUCGUAGUCUUAUUGAUGAGCUUAGGCUCAGGGACUCGUUCAUAUCGAAGAAUGUUCGAAAUAAAGUCAAUAAAGGGCUUUCUUCGAUUCAUGACAAGACCAAUCGGACAGAGACCUUUGAGAAGGCCUAUAAAUCUGCAAAGAGAGAAAGACCAACGAAACAGAAGAGGCUAGAUGUGUCAUUUCCCCCCGCUGGUAUAGACAAUGAUAAUUGGCACUUCGUUUCGGCCAAAGAUAUGCAGAUGCGGCUUCAACCUGACAAAGGAAGAUCCCACAAUUGUGGUUGUUCCGCUGGGCCUAAUUUCAAGCAGAGGCCUGGUUUGACCAAAACAAAUGAUAGAAGAGAAUUGCACGGGCUUUAUAAUGACUGUGAGGGGGAAAAUGCUCAGAUUCCAUUAGACACUGAGGAUGGUUGUCUUGAAAUUCCUGAAAUCUCUGGUAGAAAAAGGUUCAGAUCCGGUCAAACUGCUCCUACUACUAAGAAGCUGCAGGUGGAAGAACCAAAUUGCGCUGAUACUGGGAUCCAUGCAAAGUGCAAAUCACCAGAAUUUAAGAAAAGCUCUUCUAGCAAGCAGUUGGGUAUAUGCAAAGGGCAGGUGAGACCUGUUGUAUGUGGGAUGUAUGGUGCUAUUUCUGGUGGUGAUUCAUUCAGACCUCCAAAAAUUGCAUCUCUCAGAAAAAUUCUUGAAUCAACCAGAAGAUAUACAGAUGCAGAAAAUGACAAAUUGCUAAAAACGUGCACAAAGAAAUCAAAGAAGAGAUGUAUUAGAGGAAGCAGUGGAUGCAUUGGCAAAUUUUUUAAUUUCAAGGACAGAGACAUUGAAGGUCAUGGCGACACAAUAAGUAGUAAGCUGGUUCCUGAUGAUUCUGUGAAAGAAACAGACUCUGGUUUCUUCCCUUUGGGCAAAGAACACGCUGAUGUACAUAAUUCGAUGGAGGAAAAAAGAGACGAUGGAAGCGAGGAAGAUGAGAGGAUUCUCGACACUGGUAUUAGCACUCUGUUGAAGCCAAAAUGCAAGGAAAUACGCAAGCGAAGCCUUUAUGAGCUGUCAAUUAAAGAGAAGGAAUCAAGCUUUGUGGGUGUUUCAGAUAUUAAGACCCCAAAAUGUCAACCGCAAAUAAAGUGCAGAAAUAUGGGAAAUUUUUUGAACAGUGCUGAAGAUGGUAAACUUCGUGCUGAUGGAUUAUGCACGGCUAAAUCUGAUGAGGAGCACCAGUGGCAGUCCUCUAUUUCACAGUCAGAUGCAUUCUGCUGUGUCUGUGGAAGUUCAAAUAAAAAUGACAUCAAUUGUUUAUUGGAGUGCAGUCGAUGCUUAAUCAGGGUGCAUCAGGCUUGCUAUGGUGUUUCCAAAGUGCCCAGAGGUCGUUGGUGUUGUAGGCCAUGCAGGACAAGCUCCAAAAGCAUUGUUUGUGUUCUCUGUGGUUAUGGAGGUGGAGCUAUGACUCGGGCACUGCGGAGUCGUAGCAUUGUGAAAAGCCUUUUGAAAACUUGGAAUAUUGUCACAGAAUUUGGGCCCAAGGAUGCAGUUUCUCCUUCGGAAAUUUUGGAGGACAAGUUCAGCAUGUUGAGUCCCUCAACGUCUGCACUUGAGAGGGAUUCAUUUCCUAUCAUCAGACCUAUACCUAGUGAACCCUCUUCUGCAGUGGUUUGGAAAAUGGAUCUGCAGAAGCAAUUGGAGUGCGUUAAGAAUUCAUCUUGUUCUUCUGACAACUUGAAUGUCCUCAACAGCAUAACAGCUGGAGUUGUUGAUUCCACCGUUAAGCAGUGGAUUCAUAUGGUUUGUGGGCUCUGGACACCAGGAACACGCUGCCCCAAUGUUGACACCAUGAGUGCUUUUGAUGUAUCUGGUGCUUCUCAUCCUAAAGCAGAUGUGGUUUGUUCCUUGUGUAACCGGCCAGGUGGUUCUUGUAUUCAGUGCCGAGUAAGGGAUUGCUCUGUACAUUUUCAUCCUUGGUGUGCUCACCAGAAGGGCUUACUGCAAAGUGAGGUUGAAGGUGUUGAUAAUGAGAACGUCGGUUUUUAUGGGAGGUGUAUGCUUCAUGCAUCAUACAACCAGUGUGAAACAGAUGGUGAUCCUAUCGGCACUGAAACUGGCCAUCCUGGAGACAAAGAAUAUAGCUGCGCACGAACAGAGGGUUACAAAGGUCGUAAACGGGAAGGCUUUCGUCAUAACCAUCCGAUCCUCUCUAAAGGCAGUGGUGGAUGUGCUGUUCCACAAGAGCAGCUGAAUGCAUGGCAUCACAUUAAUAAGCAAAAGCCAAGCCCUAAAGGACUUGCAAAGCUGCCAACUUCAGAUGUUGAGUAUGAUUGUCGGAAAGAAUAUGCUCGGUAUAAACAGUCAAAAGGUUGGAAAUAUUUGGUAGUGUACAAGUCAGGCAUACAUGCUCUUGGUCUCUACACAUCCCAGUUCAUUUCCCGUGGUGCAAUGGUGGUGGAGUAUGUUGGUGAAAUCGUGGGGCUCCGCGUGGCUGAUAAAAGAGAGAGCGAGUAUCAGUCUGGAAGAAAACUUCAGUACAAGAGUGCUUGCUAUUUCUUUAGGAUAGAUAAAGAACACAUUAUUGAUGCCACUCGGCAGGGAGGGAUUGCUCGUUUUGUCAACCAUUCAUGCCUGCCAAACUGCGUUGCUAAAGUGAUUUCUGUGAGGAACGGAAAGAAGGUUGUCUUUUUUGCAGAGCGAGACAUAUACCCUGGAGAAGAGAUCACUUAUGACUACCAUUUUAACCACGAGGACGAAGGGGAAAAAAUUCCCUGUUUUUGUAAUUCAAAAAAUUGCAGGCGUUAUCUGAACUAAGCAUAGCUGGUGACCAGUGUAUUCCUUGAAUGGGAGACUCAGAAGGAAUACUGAUCAUUUUUCAGAAGGAAUACAGACCCUAUAGUGGUGUAAAGAAUGGGCUUGUUGUAUCUGCAUAUGUUGUAAAUCUGGGCUUAUAAUAUAAUUCGGCUAUUUAUAUAAA